AUGGACCCGAUGACUUUGGAGCGACAAUGGACGGAAAUAUAUGAUCUCUUUAGGCGGAAUCUCCUCAACUACCGUAGGGUCAAGGAGGCUGUGUUAUUGUUAGAGCAGGUGGCUAAGAUACACGAAGACUCGCUGGCGGAGGAUCGUACAGAUCGACCCACGUCGCAAAAGGCACCACCGAUUGCAUAUGAGGCAGAUGGACAAAGUCAAACCGGCACUAUCACUAAUGGAGAACACGUGGUUAAGAUCGAAGAGCAGACACUGGCGGAGGAUCAUCCAUCUCGACUCACGUGUCAGCAAGUACGUUCUACGAUUUACUGGGACCUUGUCAAUUAUCAGGCUGCAAUAUAA